UUUUCAAAGAAAAAUAGAGUGAAUUGUAAUCUAAUCAAAACCAAAGUACUAAACCAAAAUAUUGUCUCUAACUGCAAUUUUUUGCUCCUAAAUCUUACCCAUAAAUUUAAAUAAAUGUACACUAUUAAAGUUGUCACACCCUUUCUCCUCUCACUCUUAUUCACCAUCCAUUUAUCUCCUUCAACAUCCAAAUUAGCCCUAGCUUCACAAGGCAGCCUCCAAGGCGAAUGGCGGCUAUUACACGAAAGCAUCGGCAUUUCGGCCAUGCACAUGCAACUCCUCAAGAACAACAAACUCGUGAUCUUCGACCGAACCGAUUUCGGCCCGUCGAACCUCUCUCUACCGGACGGGCGGUGCAGGUCCGACCCGAACGAUGAGGUUCUCGUACGAGACUGCACCGCCCAUUCCAUUAUGUACGAUAUCGGGUCAAAUUCUUUUCGACCCUUAACGAUCCUAACCGACACUUGGUGCUCGUCCGGUACGGUCCUUCCAGACGGGACCCUCGUCCAGACUGGAGGAUUCAACGACGGCGAUCAUGUUACACGCACUCUGGCGCCCUGCGCUCGGAAAAACUGCGACUGGAACGAGUUUCCAGACAGUCUUUCCCGGCGCAGGUGGUACGCCACGAAUCAGAUACUACCUGACGGGCGGAUCAUAAUAGUUGGUGGUCGAGCACAGUUUAAUUACGAAUUUUACCCUAGAAAUUAUGGGGAUGGCUCGAUUAGGCUACGGUUUCUCAAAGAAGCUAGAGAUGGAUCGGAGAACAAUUUGUAUCCGUUUCUUCACUUAUUACCGGAUGGGAACUUGUUUGUGUUCGCUAAUACGAGAUCGAUCGUUUUAGAUUAUAAACGGCACCGUGUAGUGAGGGAGUUUCCGGCCAUACAUGGAGGCGAUUCUAGAAACUACCCGAGCUCGGGGUCGUCGGUUCUGCUUCCAAUUGACGAAAACGUCACUCCGGUUAGAGUCGAGGUUUUAAUUUGUGGUGGGGCGAAAAACAACGCGUACGAGCAGGCGGACCAGGGUACGUUUCUCCGAGCAAGCUCCACCUGCGGCCGCCUGAGGAUCUCCGACCGACACCCGGCCUGGAAAAUGGAAGCUAUGCCUAUGCCACGUGUCAUGGGAGACAUGGUGCUCCUCCCCAAUGGGGAUGUGAUCAUUAUCAAUGGGGCGGGCUCCGGCGCGGCGGGGUGGGAGGCCGGGAGGAAUCCGGUCACCAGGCCGGUGAUUUACCGACCCGACGGCGGAUCUGGAAACCGGUUCUCGGUCAUGGCCGCCUCAGGACGGCCGCGGAUGUACCACUCCACCGCCGUCCUGAUCCCCGACGGUAGAGUUUUCGUCGGAGGCGGCAAUCCGCAUAUAUAUUACAACUUCAGCGGGGUUGAUUUUCCGACUGAUUUGAGUCUGGAAUCGUUCUCGCCGCCUUAUUUGUCGCCGCAUUACGAUCGAUUGCGGCCGAGGAUAGUUGAAAUUGAGGAGACGCUCGGCUAUACGGCGCCGUUUUUGGUUAGGUUUAGGGUGCCGGAAUUUAGGAGAAUGAGCGAGGUUUCGGUUAGGAUAGUGGCGCCGCCGUUUAAUACGCAUUCAUUUUCGAUGAAUCAGAGGAUGGUGGUGCUCCGGUGGGAUGAGGCUGCGUAUAUCGGCGGCGAUGUCUAUGAGGUUGCGGCUUUUGGGCCGUCGACGGCGGAGAUUGCGCCGCCGGGGUACUAUUUGUUGUUUUUGGUGCACUCUGGGAUUCCGAGUUCUGGUGCGUGGAUUAAGAUUCAGUAAUAAUCUGGUAAACCCUUCCCAAUUUAUUUACAAAAUAAAAUAUGGGGUCAUUAG